AUGACCUCCAACCCAGACGCCAAUUUUGCUACAUGCAACCAUCUCAUUGUUGUCUGCUGCCAUGCCAUUUACACCGGGCAUUCACAUCUGGGAGCUUCGGAAAACGACUGGCUGAUUGAGCCCUUCCAAAAGGGAGAAACACCCACAUUUAUCGAUCAUGUUAAAGCUGGGUUGAAAGCUCUAGCAGAGGACUCCCAUGGCUUGCUUGUGUUUUCUGGUGGGCCUACCAAGAAGCCUAGAAUUGACCUCAGUGAAGGUCAAUCUUACCUUCAGAAUCUGGCUAGAGAUAACGACUACUUCCAAGAUAUUACCACUCUUCCCACAAUUGACGCGUCAAGAGUCAUCGCAGAAACCAGCGCUACAGAUUCAUAUCAAAACUUGUUGUUCUCUUUAAUAAAGUUCCGGGUAUACACAGGCGUGUAUCCACAGAGAGUCACAGUUGUGACGCACGAGUUCAAACGCGCUCGAUUCAUGCAAUGUCACUUUCCAGCUGUGGGCCUGGUGCCUAUGGGCCCGGAACAAGAAGACUACACGCAUAAAGUUGCUGUGCUAGGUAUCAACCCACCCGUCGAAGUCACUCCGCCAGAGACCUUGACUCGAGGCGAGGCUUUGAAUGGGAUUGGGCUUUGGAGAGAAGACCUUUACGGAGUGAACUCGGAUCUGGUAGAAAAAAGGAUGAAACGAGGCUGGUCCCCUGAAACUGGAAACGAUAUAUUCUCCGAUCUGGGAUUGGAAAAUGUGGUAUUGGAUCUCAUCCGCUAUGAUGGGGGUCGUCAUUGCAAUAAGUGGUUCCCGAAGCGAGAGACCUUGCCUUGGUCUUAUAUCAGACAUGAUACACCCAAGGGGCCUUGA